CGGUGGAAUCGGAGCUAAUAGCAAACUGAAUAUUCAAUAUAAUUAUUAUUUUAGAUAUAUUAAAUCUAAAGUAUAGUGGAGUUUUGUGAACUAGAGGUUACCAAAAUGCCAUCAACCCUCAACAUCCUGCUCCUCAUGGUAGCCAUAACAUCAGCGGCUUGCCAGACGUUCCAGUACUCCCGCGGCUGGACCAAUGGCAAACGGGACGGGCAGAGACGCGAGGAGUUCAGCCUGGAGAAGAUCCUCUCUCCGUGUCAGAUGAACAAGCUGAAGGUGUUGCUAGAGGGGAAACCUCUGACGGAGAGGUUACUUGCACCCUGCGAUUACUUAGAAGAGGAAAUCGAGCUACCGAAGCGUUUCAAGACAGACAGAAACAGAGACGGACUUUACGACGCCUUUCAACAGUAAUAAUAAAAAAAUGUAUCACUAACAGUGCCAAAUAUGAUAUUAUAUACAAAAUUAUUUAAAUAUAAGUAGGCUAUUCCCUAAAUGUAUAAAAAAUCUAAUCGUAAUUGCACGUUCCUAUCCUCGUACCUAAUAAAUAUUUAAUAAAGUUAUUUUUUUUUUAAUUGUAAUGGACAAUCGUAGACAGAGAAGUAAAUAGACAAAUGUUACCACUUAAUUUAAAAAUAAUUAUCAAUUUUCUUUAUUUAUUAUGUAAAAAUUAAACUUGCUCAAUGCAUAAAUUGGCUGGUUUUUAUGCAUUGAAAAUAAUAUAAAGCUAAAAAUUGGUAUGAAUGUUUAGAAAUGAAUAAUUGUGAAAGUCCCUAAUAAAAAAGUCUAGCUAAAAAACGCGUCAUUUUUGCAAACUUUCACCAUCAAUAAAGUUUUUAGCACAAGGGGGAUUGAUGGGGUCUUUUCACAAAUAAUUUAAAAUAGUAUUUUGAACAUUCAUACAAAUUUUUAGCUCUAUGAGAAUAAUUGUAACCUUAUUUUUUACGUUUUUCCAUAUUUAUUAAUUUUUGUUUUAAACCUUCUGAAAUAACUGAAUGUAGCUCAUAAAUAAAUUAUUGUUCUCAAAAGUAAAAAUGUCGACACCAUUCCUUAGUCAAGUAAGUAAUAAACAGUAUUAUUAUAUUUUACUUAAUAGAGAUAUUGCUUAUGCUUUGUAUGAAAAUAAUAAUA